UUCUUGUUCCCCCGUAUCCUCGCCCACCUCCCUCGCGGAUAAGCCCCCCCCCUGCCUGCGCCGCUCCACAGUAUGCCCCUGUAAAAGUGCCCCUGCAUUAUACACCACUACCACCUCUCGUCGCAACCGGGUCGUUCGAUUGCGCAAUUGCGAUGGCAGCCAUGGCCUGCACUACUGCUGCUGCGUCCACUGUCUCCACCCCGCGCCUGGGUGCCGUGUCGGGAGUCAAGACCAGCGCUGCGGCGGCACGCUCCGUGCAAUUGACGUCUGCCUUCCAUGGCCAGAGCGUGUCCAGUGUGAGCCACGUUGCGGCUUUGAAGGCUGCGGUGACGUCGAAGAGAAGUGGUCGCAGGGCCGUGGUGGUUUGCAAAGCUGCUGAUGGGCAGACUGUGGUCAUCGGACUGGCUGCGGACUCUGGGUGCGGGAAGUCUACGUUCAUGCGGAGGCUGACGUCCGUGUUCGGAGGCGCUGCGACUCCCCCGAAGGGUGGCAACCCUGACUCCAACACGCUGAUUAGUGACACCACCACCGUGAUCUGCCUGGACGACUACCACUCCCUCGACAGGUAUGGUCGCAAGGAGAAGGCCGUGACCGCGUUGGACCCCAGGGCGAACAACUUUGAUCUCAUGUACGAGCAGGUGAAGGCCUUGAAGGAGGGCAAGUCUGUUGAGAAGCCGAUUUACAACCACGUGACCGGUUUGUUGGAUGCCCCCGAAACCAUUCACCCCCCUAAGAUUCUCGUCAUCGAGGGUCUGCACCCAAUGUACGACGAGCGUGUCCGGGAAUUGUUGGAUUUUAGCAUUUACCUAGACAUCAGCGACGAUGUUAAGUUCGCUUGGAAGAUCCAGCGUGAUAUGGCAGAAAGAGGUCACAGCCUCGAGAGCAUUAAGGCAAGUAUUGCGUCUCGCAAGCCUGAUUUCGAUGCUUACAUUGAUCCCCAGAAGCAGUAUGCCGACGUGGUGAUUCAGGUCCUGCCCACACAGCUCAUCCCCGAUGACAACGAGGGCAAGGUCCUCAGGGUGCGCAUGGUAAUGAAGGAAGGCGUGCCUUUCUUCGAGCCCGUCUACCUUUUCGACGAGGGCUCAACGAUUUCCUGGAUUCCCUGCGGUCGCAAGCUCACCUGCUCAUACCCUGGCAUCAAGUUCUUUUACGGCCCAGACACCUACUAUGGCAACGAGGUCUCCGUCUUGGAGAUGGACGGCCAGUUCGAUAAGCUCGACGAGCUCAUCUAUGUGGAGUCACACUUGAGCAACAUCUCUACCAAGUUUUACGGUGAGAUCACUCAACAAAUGUUAAAGCACGCGGAUUUCCCCGGUAGCAACAACGGUACUGGAUUGUUCCAAACCAUCUGCGGUCUUAAGAUCAGGGAAGUGUACGAGAGGAUCCUCGAAAAGCAGAAAAACGCUGUCUCUUUGGAAGGCGCCAAGUCUUAGGAUCCGAGGCACGACCGCAACUGUAUCAUGGAAGAAUUCUUUGUUAGGGUAACUGUAGAUUCAGAUUGUUUAUGGAUGUGAAGACUUUAUCUAGAUCAAUCGCAAACCUGGUUAGCCCGGUGAGGUUGAGGUAGUUUUCAAGUUUUGUAGCUUUCUAUUCGUUGACUAAUCCCCUGAGCAGAGCGUCGACGAUCUGUCGAUUGAGCUCUGCCUGUGCAGGUAUAUACAAAACCUAGUUUUCCUCUCCUGAACUAAUUACUUGUAAAAUGCGCACUCGUGUUUGUCAAUUUGUUUCUCUUUGUUCUUUUACCGGC